AUGAACGUUGCAGAUGGGAGUGCGCGAGCAGAAUUUAUCGGCACGAUUCUAAUCCAAUUGAAACUCGAUAUCCCUAACUCUGGUAUAUGGCUGGGAAAAUUAUUGACUUUACUGAAACUCGUAAUCAGCAAGGUCGUGCUCAAAAUGAAGCUUGACGCGACAACGUCCAAACAAUAUAUCCCUAACUCUGGUAUAUGGCUGGGAAAGUUAUUGACUUUACUGAAACUCGGGACCAAUGAAACAGUGGACCUAAUCAGCAAGGUCAUACUCAAAAUGAAGCUUGACGUGACAACGUCCAAACAAUUAAUCGACAAGGUGGUGCUUGAAGCAAAGCUCGAUACUGAAAUCGCCAAAGCUUCAAUUGUCAAAAAAAUGAAAGGGAAGAAGUUCGACGCGAAAGAGAUAUCUCAGGCAAUACUUCCUUCCAUACUCAAGUCGCCUCUUGUGAUCUUCAGAGUGAUAGUGGAAAUGAAACCUAUACUCAUCCAAAUCCUAAAUAGAAUGUCGCUUGAUACCACUGGCAUGGCAAAGCUACUCAGCACGGUGAUAUUUGGAAUGAACAUCGAAUCUGGAGAAGCGGGCGAAUGUAAGUCCUUAAAAAUAUUCCACUGCUGA